AUGCCAGGCGUUUCGACCCCCUACAGCAACACUUAUAACAAGGGGUGGCGCCAGCAUCCCAACUUCUCCUGGAAUGUAACUAAUCCUAGGCCACCAGUCUCCCAGAUACAGCCAGGCUUUAGAGGCCUCCGUACCAGCCAAGACAAGGGCAAUUCUAGCAACAGUAGCAGCCUCUCUAUCUGCCCAGACAGGAACCAGUUCCUCCUCAGUUACAGAUGA